AGUCUAUAAAUGAGACACAUUUUGGUGGUUCCUUCACUUACGCCUUAUUCUUCUUCUUCUUCUUCUCUCACUCUUAUCUCCUCCUUUCGCUUUUCUCUCUCUUCUUUCUCUCUCUUCUCAACUCCCAUUUCGAUCCACCGUUCCAUCUUCCUUCGCAUAAGAACAAUGGCAUCGCACAUUGUUGGAUAUCCUCGUAUGGGGCCCAAGAGAGAGCUAAAGUUUGCUUUGGAAUCUUUCUGGGAUGGGAAGAGUACUGCCGAGGAUUUGCAGAAAGUGUCAGCUGAUCUCAGAUCAUCGAUCUGGAAGCAGAUGGCUGAGGCUGGGAUCAAGUAUAUCCCAAGCAAUACUUUCUCGUGCUAUGAUCAAGUGUUAGACACCACAGCAAUGCUCGGUGCUGUUCCCCCCAGAUACAGUUGGAACGGAGGUGAGAUUGGGUUCGAUGUCUACUUUUCCAUGGCUAGGGGAAAUGCUUCUGUUCCCGCCAUGGAAAUGACCAAGUGGUUUGACACUAACUACCAUUUCAUUGUCCCGGAAUUGGGACCAGAUGUUAAGUUCUCUUAUGCAUCUCACAAGGCAGUGAAUGAAUUCAAGGAAGCCAAAGCUCUUGGAAUUCAAACCGUCCCAGUCCUUGUAGGCCCUGUGUCCUACUUGUUGCUAUCAAAACCAGCUAAGGGUGUUGAGAAGUCAUUUUCUCUUCUCUCUCUGAUCGACAAAAUCCUUCCCAUCUACAAGGAGGUUGUGACCGAACUGAAGGCAGCUGGAGCCACCUGGAUUCAGUUUGAUGAGCCUACCCUUGUCAUGGAUCUUGAGCCUCACAAAUUGCAGGCAUUUUCUCAUGCCUACUCAGAGCUGGAGUCAACACUCUCUGGUUUGAAUGUUAUCAUCGAGACAUACUUUGCAGAUGUUCCCGCUGAGGCUUUCAAAACAUUGACUUCGUUGAAGGGUGUUACUGGCUUUGGAUUUGAUUUGGUUCGUGGAACAAAGACCCUUGAUUUAAUCAAGGGCGGAUUCCCUUCAGGCAAAUACCUCUUUGCUGGAGUAGUUGAUGGAAGGAACAUUUGGGCCAAUGAUCUUGCUGCUUCCCUCAGUAUCCUGCUGGCUCUUGAGGGCAUUGUGGGAAAAGACAAGCUUGUGGUCUCAACCUCCUGUUCUCUUCUUCACACUGCGGUUGAUUUAGUGAAUGAGACUAAGUUGGACAAAGAGAUAAAAUCGUGGCUUGCAUUUGCUGCACAGAAAGUAGUUGAAGUCAAUGCAUUGGCAAAGGCAUUGUCUGGUCACAAAGAUGAGGCGUUCUUCUCUGCCAAUGCGGCAGCCCUUGCUUCAAGAAAAUCCUCUCCAAGGGUCACAAACGAGGCUGUUCAAAAGGCUGCUGCUGCUUUGAGGGGAUCUGACCACCGCCGAGCCACAAAUGUGAGUGCCAGGUUGGAUGCCCAGCAGAAGAAGCUAAACCUUCCUAUUCUUCCAACUACAACUAUUGGAUCUUUCCCUCAAACUAUGGAGCUUAGAAAAGUUCGCCGUGAAUACAAGGCUAAAAAGGUCUCUGAGGAGGAGUAUGUCAAGGCUAUGAAGGAGGAAAUCAACAAAGUUGUCAAGCUCCAGGAAGAACUCGACAUUGAUGUUCUGGUACAUGGAGAGCCAGAGAGGAAUGACAUGGUUGAGUACUUCGGAGAGCAAUUGUCCGGUUUUGCCUUUACUGCUAAUGGGUGGGUUCAAUCUUAUGGGUCUCGCUGUGUCAAGCCACCAAUCAUUUAUGGUGAUGUGAGCCGUCCCAAAGCAAUGACUGUCUUCUGGUCCUCGUUGUCUCAGAGCAUGACUAGUCGCCCAAUGAAAGGAAUGCUUACUGGCCCUGUUACGAUUCUGAACUGGUCUUUUGUUAGAAACGACCAACCCAGAUUCGAGACCUGCUAUCAGAUUGCUUUGGCCAUCAAGGAUGAGGUUGAAGAUCUAGAGAAAGCUGGAAUUAAUGUUAUUCAAAUUGACGAGGCUGCUUUAAGAGAAGGUUUGCCUCUUAGGAAGUCCGAGCAUGCUUUCUACUUGGACUGGGCUGUUCACUCCUUCAGAAUCACUAACUGUGGUGUCAAAGACACUUGCCAGAUCCACACCCACAUGUGCUACUCAAACUUCAAUGACAUCAUCCACUCAAUUAUCGACAUGGAUGCUGAUGUGAUCACAAUCGAGAACUCAAGAUCAGACGAGAAGCUUCUUUCUGUCUUCCGCGAGGGAGUGAAGUACGGUGCUGGCAUUGGCCCCGGUGUGUAUGACAUCCACUCCCCAAGAAUCCCCUCUACAGAAGAGAUUGCUGACCGGAUCAACAAAAUGCUUGCUGUCCUCGAGUGCAACAUCCUCUGGGUCAACCCUGACUGUGGCCUCAAGACGAGAAAGUACCCGGAAGUCAAGCCUGCUCUCAGUAACAUGGUUGCUGCCGCCAAACUUCUCCGCACCCAGUUUGCUAGUGCCAAGUGAGUUCAGAAAGGACGACCGUUACUGUGAUUUGCUUAUAUAUAUCUGAGAAGGGAAUUCCCAUUUAUGGCUCUACUAAUAACUCAUCGAUGCUCUGUUCUCUUGAGAAUACGAGCAUUUUUAUCGUUGCGGAGAAGAUGAUUAUAGGGGGUACUAAGCUUUGCUAAAUGAGCUCCAAUCACUGGUUUUAUGGCCUUUGAUAUCUUGUUUCGUUUUUUGUUUUUUUGUUUAAUUGGUAUUUGCUUUUGUAAUCCUGCUUAUGUCAAGCCAUAUCCAUGUUCCUUGAAAGGGGCUAUCUAUGUGAAAUAAACUGGAAAAUGAGGAAUAAAGGGCAAUUACCAAGCUUUUGUUUUGCGAUGAAGAUGGAUAAUUUGUCUUACCCACUAUAGUUCUUAUCUAUGGUUUCGUUCCCUAUUAUCACUACUAGGAUUUUGUACUAGAAAAUGUGUAUUUA